UUUGUCCGAAAGCCCCUCGCUUCUCCAGGCAGCCCGGCCGCUGUGCGCUCCAGUAGCCAGAAAGUUGCAACUCGGGGCCUUGGGUCAGAAAACUGCGGCGGCGGGACUCCUAGCAGCCAGGCCACGGUUACCACACUGUUGCUAAGGAGCUGUGUGGUCGGGGUGCGUGGGAAGCCUGGAGUUCAGGGGGACGCGGGUCCGGGCAGAGGGAACCGCCCUGGUUCUGGGGACGUGAUCCGAAGCCAUGGCGCAGGCCCUUGCCAGGGACAGUGCGAUGGAGGGAGGGCUCCUGUCCCGAAUCCGCUCCCGCCCGUCGGUGGUCACAAGCAUUGAAGAUUCAUUCAACAGAAGAGGAUGAGAUGGGGACUUCUCCUUACGGAAUAAGCUAACGUUUUAGUUUUUCCAGGGGCUCUGCUAUUCGGGAACCGCCAUGAAUAGUGCAGACAGCGAAGAUCUGUUCAUUGACAAGCCUCCCAGACUCAAGAGCUCAAAAGAAUGGUUGGAACCGCAGCCUCUUCCUUUCGUGGAGGCAUUUGCCAGAGAAGAUACUAAUGCAGCUAUUAAAUCAAUAUUAUAUAGAGAAAAUUAUAUAAAUAAGGAAUUAGACAAGUAUUUACAGCAUCAUGACUUCUUAAAUACAAGAAGAAAAGAGAUGUUAUACAAAAGAUGGGUUGACCAUGUGGCAGGUCCUCUCCAGAAAAAAAUCAUGGAGAAAGUUUGUUCACAUAAGAAGAUUAAAAAAAGGAGACACCAGGAAUUAGAUACCUUCUUAAAAUACGUAAAUAAAAAGGGAAGUGCAUUCAUAGAGCACUAUGACCCCGAAGAGUACGACCCUUUCCACAGGCACAAAGAGGACCUGGGUUUCCUGAAGGUUAUCAUCCCACCAUUUCGUGACCCUUUGAAAAAGGCACAAUAUGACAAAGAUGAUGAAAAAAGAACUCUUCUUCAGUGUGAGACUGGCAAAAUACAUACAAUGAAAGAAUUUAAAGAGGUUGAGAAGGCCAAACUGUAUUGCAGAUUUCCACAACUUUCUAAUUCAAGGUGCUUUGUGACUCCAAAUGAUUGGCUUAAACUGUCUGCAAACUACAUAGAAAGUGACUUUUGUAAAAGGAGCAGGUUAAAGGUGAAGAGUAAUUUCAACGCUAGUAGUUUUGAUUUGAAACACGUGACCAAAGUGCCUCAUCUUCCGGGAUCCCAGGAAGGAGAAAAAGCAGUUCUUUGCAAGUUUCGGCAGCCAAGGAGCACACACCCUGACCCCGGACUGGCCGAGAGGACACAGGAAGGUUGCUCUGGAGGAAGCCACCUGGCAGCAGGCAGCAGGGUGAGGACCACGGGAGGCGCUCAGGGCCGUCCUGGGUCUGAGAAAAGCAUCUGCAAUAAACCUCACUUGACGUUUGAGCUCAGUGUCCGGGUGAGAACUGAGAAACCACCUCCAUGUAUGGACCGCUAUUGGAAAUGUUUCCCCAGAGGCUAAGAGGCAAUGCUGAAAGGUGCGAUAGGAAUCAGCAGCUCCCUUCCCGAGGGCCAUCUCGGAGCUCGGUCUCCCCCGAGGAAGGGGCGCUGCCUUUGGUCGGCCUCCUUAGGACCCCCCCCUCCCCCCCCGCAGU